AUGGGUGAUCAACUGGUGGUGCUGUUAGAUAAGUUGAAAUCGAAGAUGAUCAAAUCGGCGAAGAAGAAGAAGAAGCCAAAGGAGUACGCGAGGCUAGAGAAGAGCACGAGCGUUAGGAUGGAGAUCAAGAGCGUCAAAGCCCGUCAGAUCAUCACCAGAACGCUCAAAGCCGCCGACGAACCUGGCAAAAUCUCCAUCUCCUCCUAA